AUGGACGGAGUCUUUGCUAUAAAUAAACCGUCUGGUGUCACGUCGGCAAACUUCCUGACCCGUGUGAACAAGAUAUUCAACGAGUCGGAGAAUUUCAAGCCGGCCCUAGACGAGAUUAGAAACGAUCUCGAACGCAACAAGCCCAAAGGUUACAAAAGACGGCUCAGACAGCUCAAGGUGAAAAUGGGACACGGCGGCACUUUGGACCCGCUCGCACAGGGUGUUCUGAUCGUCGGAGUCGGAGCAGGCACGAAGAAACUCGGAGACUAUCUAAACGGGUCUGUGAAAGUGUAUGAGGCCGAAGCUCUGUUUGGUGGAUCAACCACAACAGGAGACUCUGAAGGCCAGUUGUUAUCUAUCAGCGGAACAGACCAUAUCACAAAGGAAUUGCUCGCCCAGACAGCUCAAAGAUUUGUCGGCCACCUGCAACAAACCCCUCCGAUCUUCAGUGCUCUGAAAAUGGAAGGUAUGCCUCUGUACGAGUACGCUCGGCGUGGUCUACCGCUUCCACGCAAAAUCGAGCCUAGAGAGGUCCAGGUGUACGAACUCCAGGUCGCAGACGACUCGCUGUCGACAGAUCAUGGGUAUGAAUUCCUGAAAAGUGAGAUUGAUGAGGACGGAACAGCUUUGGUGGAUAAGUUGAGCGGAAACCCCACAUUGAACGAUCACCAUGUCACGUUCUCAAAUGAGUACAUGGAGAAGUGCAAGGCAGACUCAAGUCUCAGCUCAGAGCCCGAACCUGUGCAUGAGAUCAAGGAGGUGCCCGAAAAUUUCAAGGCUCCUCUGCUCCACUUCACAUCCAAAGUGUCCUCCGGAACAUACAUUCGCUCGCUGAUCAGCGACAUUGGCCGUGCGGUCGGCUCGUCCUCGUACAUGGUGAAGCUUGUUCGUCACAAACAAGCGGAAUGGGAUUUGAAGAAAAAUGUUUUCGAGAUCGAAGAUUUUGAGAACAAUGAUGCAAAGGUAUGGGGUACUGUUCUCAUGAAAGUGUUUGAGAAAGGCGGCUCUGUGAAUGUCAGAGAGGAGUUUGAUGCCUUGACCAAGUCUUCAGAGCAAGUUCCGGAUACUAAGCGGGCAAAACUCGAAAAUUAA